UUUUGUUAUUAACAUUUUUUAGCAAAAACAGAAAAUAACUUCUAAUAAAAUAAAAGUACAAAUUAACACUUGAUUCACAUGUGCGCUGCCUGCAUGAUGGAUACUCCAUUUUGAGUUUACAAAGCAGUGAAGCCAAGUGGUGAUCCUCACUUGAAACAAGCUUUUGCUUCUCAAAAAACUUUAUCCCAGAAACCUGUGGAAUUUACCUAACUUUUUUUGUUUAUAAUAUUAUUAAAAGAUGUCUGAUUCCUUGAUUAUUUGCGUUUGCGACUACUGGCAGCGGUGUCAUUUCCACAACCGUCCGAACCGGGAGGCCGGCGGCUCCUGUCGGGAAAAGGCAUCCUUGAGGAGGCUGAGCAUCCGAGUGGACGCCAUAAAUGGGAAUUACUACCUGCGAGAGUUCCUUCAGCAAACGGAGCUGGCCAAGAGCCUGAGGAGCAAGCAUGGCGUCCACUUGGUGUGGCUCUCCUUUGAGCCGCCGGAAAGGGAAACGAUCGACUAUCGGUUCGCGGACAUGCUGGCACACACGCUGUGGGAGCACAUCGAGGUGGAGCACCUCAUGUCCUGGCUCUCCACCCUAGGCGGCGGCUUUUCCGCCCUCGGCGAGCAAUUCGAGCGAUGCGCAGAGACGGCCGGAAAGAUAUCGCUGCAGCAGCUGAAGAUUGGUAUGCGACUUGGGGAUCCCUUCCUGCAGGCGCGGUGUAAGCUGUACUUCAGCAUCUCCCUGAUCCAGCGGGGCCAGCUCCGCGCGGCAAAGCAUCUGAUCCGAGAACAGUAUGCCUUUGCGAGGAGAAACGCCGAAAAGGAUGUGCGCCUGGUGCGGAUGUGCCUGGGUAUUUGGCAGCGACUUAGCUACGAGUAUGAGCAGCGGCGUAUGCGGCGAAUGGGAAACUAAGACCCCAUAUUCUGCCCUUAAAUUAUGUACAUAUUGGGAAAGUGUCCCGGUGUUCCUUUUUGAUUAUGCAAGUUGUAGGUAAAAAAAAAAUUGUUUUCAAUAUUUAUUUAAUAUGUAAUUGUAUAUACGUAAAAAAA